AUGACAACUAAAACAAAUCAAAAAAGGAUUCGAGAGGUUCUUAUGACAAAUAUUGCUAAUGACUAUCACAAAAAUACUUGUAAGGAUGAUGAUUGGUAUUCUGAUCUCGAUUAUUCUGUUUGUGAAUUAGAAUUCGAUGACACAUCUACUGAUAAAAAUAUUUCGAAAGAAGAUGAUUCAUCCGAUUUUAAUAUCAGUGAUGAUGAUAUACAUAUAAAUAUUCAACCUAAAUCAAUGGAACAAGAUAAAUCUAAGCAAAAACAACUAAAACACUUCCUUCGUGAUGUUGAUUGCAUUAUGUUUUAUUCAUUGUAA